CACACUCAAACAUAAUGUUUAGGUUAGUUUUGGCAUAAAUUUGCCUGCAAUGACACAGCUCCCCCUCCAACCAUUCAGCACACAUUUCUUGUUAUUGAUAGCACAUGGUAAUGUGAUGGUAUAUGUCUCCCCCUUCCCAACCCUGUGCACAAAAGCUAAUAUAUCACACUGCCGCACACGCACACUGGUUACCCUUGUGACCGGAGCUCUCCAGCGCUUGCGUAUUCAUCAGCGCGAGUGAGAGAUCGAUCCUUGUGUGCUGCUGUGUGAUUGAGUUGAGUUCAAUGUUGGCGAUGUGCGGAGAGAGGAAACCACUGCACGCACCGCAAAGAAUGACAGCUCGGUUCAUCGGACGUCUUCGAUUAACUUUGGAUGUUUAGCUGAUGUCGACUUUUUACCUUUUUCUUCAAUGGAAUCAACAAGAGACUAGUAAAAUCGCAGCCUUCACAGGAACAGCAAAAACAAUGUGUUGGAAUUUAGUCUAAGAAGCAGCGGCUUCAGAUUCUAAAUAACGAACGUGAUAGACAUUAAGAUAUAAGUCAGUCGCCUGCUGCAGAUAUUCACCUAACUAUUGUGUUAUUAAUGAUCCCAAAUAUCAGCUAGAGCUAAGAGUACGUUUUCCUACAGCCUAGUGUUGCACAUUUAGCUUAUAGCCUAGCCUACUUGGCAGACGCUCCUGGCAUAUAUAGAGAGCUCUUAUAUAAACGGUUUCUGCGUUUAAAAAAAGUAGGKAUUUCAAGAAGACAACCGCUCAAUUCUACAGUUCAACCUGAAUUGAAGUACUUAGGAGAUCAAUGAUUUGCACUCUAGUGCGAGUGGUGCGCAACGAAAUGUCCCUCUCAUGAGGCGCAAUGUCUUUACAGCUUCGCAUCUUCCAUUGACAGGACAGUUGCUGGGAGAGUCACCGGGAGACCAUCAACCAAGAAACUCGAUAGGCUGUCCAGAGACAAUCUGUUGAAGAGAUACACAAAAUGGCGAGACAUAACCAUCGAUAUUGAGCCCCCCUGUGGUUGAUGGUGAUGCCUGAACCCAACCCAGCAAUGCAGAAGACGAGAACCUGGUGGUGGCAGGGACGACUGGGAGUUUCUCUGCUGUUUCUGGUUUUCCCGCUCCUCAGGACCGAACCGCUCCAACUCGAGCUGUCGUUCAAUGGACUUUCGGAGCCCCAGAAUGUGACACUGGCUGCUAUCCUGCCUUUGCACAACACUGAAUACCCGUGGGCCUGGCCUCGCGUGGGACCRGCUCUGAUCAGAGCUCUGGAGCGAGUCAAUGACGAACCCACCCUGCUGCCGGGCCACCGCCUCCGCAUUGUCUACGACAGCAGCGAAAGCAAAGACGGAGUCUGCUCCGACUCAGUGGCGCCGUUGGUGGCCGUGGACCUCAAGUUCUCCUACGACCCYUGGGCCUUCAUCGGGCCUGGCUGCGACUACGCUUCGUCUCCUGUGGGCCGCUUCACCACCCACUGGGACGUUCCCAUGGUGACGGCCGGGGCAGCGGCCAUCGGCUUCAACAUGUACACGUCCAUCACCAACACGGGCCCCACACACAAGAAGCUGGGCGAYUUUGGGGUGCGCCUGCAUCGCCAUUUUGGCUGGCACAGGCACGCCAUGCUCAUGUUCAGCGACAACAAAGARGACGACCGGCCAUACUACUUUACGGCAGAGGGGCUGUACACGCAGCUGCAGCUGGACAACAUCACCACAGCAGACAAGGUCUUCAAUGAGCAGACUGGACCGGUCCAGUAUGAUGACCUCAUCAGUGACAUAAGCCAGAGUGCCCGAGUGGUGUACAUGUGCUGCUCAUGGGACACUUUCCGGAGGCUGAUGGUACAGUUCUGGAGGGAGGGCCUGCCCCCGGAGGACUAUGCCUUCUUCUUCAUCGACCUGUUCGGCCACAGCCUGAGGAAGCAGCCCGCUAGGCCCUGGUACAGAGGAGACUCAGACGACCACGCCGCCAAGAAGGCCUUCAGGAGUGUGAAGAUCCUGACCUACAAAGAGCCACAGAACCCGGAGUACAAGGAGUUUGUUUCCAACCUGAAGACGGACGCCAUGAACAUGUUCAACUUCACCGUAGAAGACUCGCUGAUGAACCUGAUAGCAGGAGGCUUCUAUGACGGCGUGAUGCUUUACUCUCAGGCCCUGAAUGAGACCAUGACAGAGGCAGGGGGCCGGCCGCGAGGGGACACCGUCACCAAGAGGAUGUGGAAUCGCACGUACCAUGGUGUUACUGGCUUGGUUCAGAUUGAUGGGGCAGGUGAUCGAGAGAUUGACUUUGCCUUGUGGGARAUGACUGAUCUUGACUCUGGGGUCUUUCAGAUCGUGUCCGUCUACAACAGCACCCUGAAGGAGCUGGUUCCAGUGCCGGGCAUGAAGGUCCAGUGGCCGGGGGGCGCCCCCCCCCAAGACAUCCCCGAUUGUGGCUUCAAGAACGACAAGCCCGCCUGCUUAGCACGGACGGUCACUAUGCACCAGAUGGUGGCCAUCGUGGCUUGCUUCAUCUUCGUCAUCAUCGUCACUGUCACCGUCUUCAUCUACAGGAAGCUGAAAUUGGAGAAUGAGUUGGCUGCUCAGCUCUGGCGAGUGCAAUGGGAAGACGUGCAGAUGAGUGACCUGGAGAAAGUGCUGCGCAGGGCCUGCAGCAGACUCACCCUGUCUCUGAGAGGCUCCAACUAUGGCUCCCUCCUGACCAUGGACGGAAACUUCCAGAUCUACGCCAAGACUGGCUACUACAAGGGAAACAUUUCGGCCAUUAAGUACGUCACUAACAAGAAGCGCAUCGAGCUCACCAGGAGAGUGCUCUUUGAGCUCAAACAUAUGCGUGAUGUUCAAAACGAGCACUUGACUCGCUUUAUCGGAGCCUGUAUCGAUCCUCCGAACAUCUGUAUCAUCACAGAGUACUGUCCCCGGGGCAGCCUGCAGGAUCUUAUGGAGAGCGAGACCAUCACCUUGGACUGGAUGUUCAGAUACUCUCUCAUCAACGACAUUGUUAAGGGAAUGGCCUUCCUUCACAACAGCGUCAUCAUCUCCCAUGGUAACCUGAAGUCCUCUAACUGCGUGGUGGACAGUCGCUUUGUUCUGAAGAUCACUGACUACGGGCUGGCUAGCUUUCGCGAAAAGUCCAAUAUGGAGGACACACACGCCUACUAUGCCCGGAAAUUGUGGGCAGCUCCAGAGCUGCUGAGGGCAGAUAGUCCCCCACCAUGUGGCACACAGAAAGGGGACAUCUACAGCUUCGGCAUCAUUCUGCAGGAGCUGGCCCUGCUCCGAGGMGUCUUCCACGUCGAGGGCGACACCCUCAGCCCCAAAGGAAUCAUUGUCUCUUCCUCUGUGAACCAUGGUCUUACUGCCAGGGAAAAACGAGCCAAUAACCUGGAAGAACUGGUGGAGGAAAGAACACAGGCUUACCAUGAAGAGAAACGCAAGGCCGAGGCACUGCUCUACCAGAUACUUCCACACUCUGUAGCGGAGCAGCUGAAGAGAGGGGAGACGGUGCAGGCUGAGGCCUUUGACUCGGUCACCAUCUACUUCAGUGACAUCGUGGGCUUUACCGCCAUCUCAGCAGAGAGCACGCCCAUGCAGGUGGUGACCCUAUUGAAUGACCUCUACACGUGUUUCGAUGCCAUCAUCGACAACUUCGAUGUUUAUAAGGUGGAGACGAUAGGCGAUGCAUACAUGGUGGUGUCUGGGCUGCCCGUGAGGAACGGCAAUCUGCACGGCCGAGAGAUCGCCCGCAUGUCGCUAGCCCUGCUAGAGGCCGUACACUCCUUCAGGAUCCGUCACCGACCUGCCCAGCAGCUCUUUCUGCGCAGUGGCAUCCACAGUGGCCCAGUGUGUGCUGGUGUUGUAGGACUGAAGAUGCCUCGGUUCUGUCUGUUUGGAGACACAGUCAACACAGCCUCUCGCAUGGAGUCCAAUGGAGAGGCCCUGAAGAUCCACGUGUCGGAGGCCACACGCGUGGUGCUGGACGACUUCAACUGUUUCCAGCUGGAGCUGAGAGGAGACGUGGAGAUGAAGGGCAAAGGGAGGAUGAAGACCUACUGGCUACUGGGGGAGAGCACCAGCAACAUGGCUUACUAGAGAGAGAGAGAGAGAGGGAGAGAGAGAGAGAGAGAGAGACAGGGGAGAGCGAGAGAAAGAGAGAGAGAGCGACAUGGGAGAGAGAGAGAUGCAUACUGUUUAGACCGUAUUAGAGACGUGGUAGAAAAGAGACGUAAGGGAAGGGAGGACUGAGGUAAAAGGAACAGACAUGCAUACAGAUUCACAUGGGAAUGGAAUGAAAUGGAAAUAAGCAAAAAAACUGUGCUACUGACAACUCCCUCCUUAAUGAUAGUCUCAAUGACAGAGUCUCACUGCUCUUCAUGGGGAUACCUUGGUUCCUAUAGGUGGACAAGCCCUGUCUAGAUUGACUUACCAUGGUGGAUCUUCCAUGGACAGCUUUAGACUUGUAGCCAUAACAAAUCAAAGGAACGAUAUCACUGCUACACCGCCUUGUGCCGAUUGGCAAGGCACCACCUCUGAUUGACACAGAGGAUGGGCAUUUGCGAACGACGCCACCCAGUGUUCCAGAGUUAUAACUGUCGCUUUUGUGAACAAACAUUUUGGACAUUCUUGUUUGGACCUGUUGUUUGUGGUGACGAGAGUUGUCCAAUGUGUUAUUUUGUGGUUAUUUGACUUUGUGACUGACUUGGUGUUCUCUAACAUUUGUGUAGAGGCCUGAGUGUUAUGUGAAGCAUUCCCUGGUGUUUUUCUAUUUAUUUCACAGUGUUGUGUGUUCUAUAUUACUAUAUCAGUUUGUUCUAUAUCAGUCGAACAUGAAUCAACUGAAGUCCAGAGGGGUAUACUACGAAUGUAGCUAGAUGUAUUCAGGCUUUUCUGAAAUUAGCUAGCUUCAGUUAGCUUCACGUUCCAGCUCAGGCUUCACGCAUGUUAUGAAGGCAGAUCAGGCAGAUAUUGAUCGUUCACCCGCCGCUUACUUGAGUCGGGCUUGUAGCUGCGCGUUCAUGUCGCACAUUGCUAGUCGAAAGCCAAACUGAGACAAUACUGAAACAUUAGACGGUGGACGAGUCGGUGACACAUUUUCAUUUUUGCCAAAAUCUAAAUGAAAGGAAAAACAAACCUGCAAAUUUAGCAGGCUAUGGUGWGAAAUGGGCUAUUGCAAGUGCCGUCUGUCUUGCGCYUAUCGUUUAUUUGGUGUGCUUAGCAAUGUACGAGUGCCACGACUCCCCACUCCUAUCGAUAAAAUCAUUGUAUGAGUUCAUACGACAGUUUUACUGCARGUGAAGUUUCAAAUGCAUCCUGUCAUUACUAAAUGUGUUGUGUGAAAUGUAUUUGAAUAGUACUAUUUAAAACACACACGAAUUUGAUUGGUCCUCAACUCUUUGAUUGGCUCAAAGACUUCAUUCGGGAUAAAUUGAGUAAACACUGAGUUAGCCUUCCCGGGAGCAGAUUAGUUCUGAAGGAUUCGUUGCCACAGAAAUGUACCUGGUUUAAAGGUGAGCCACAUUUGUGUCACCGGUUAUCCCGAGUUGAACUCAGAGUUGACCAAAGUUACCUCGCUAACUCCUCAAACCAGAUUCUUAGAAUAGGGCUCAGUAAUCCAUAAUAAUACGAGUCCACAAAGUGUGUCCCACAUCCUACUAGGCUAUGUGCUUUAGGAGGAAGUAGUGGAGGCCAUCACCACCAUGCAAGUGUAGGCUAUCUAAUUGACAUUGGUGAAAUGUCUCAAAUUGACACUUAUGGCUGUUAAGUAAGGACAUUAGGCUUGUAAAUAGGUCCAUGUGCAUUCAACAGGACUGUUCAAAAAGAGAAUUUACAGCUUAAAGUAAUCUUUUUGGUCAUAAAAAAUAAUUUGCUUUAAUCUUCUCAAGAUAAACUGCGAUGACAAUGAAGAAUAGAGAAUUAGAGUUGGCCAUAAAUGUAAACUUUUGGGUGAAUUACGUAUUAUUAUCUAGUCACAGGUAAUGGUUAUAACCAGCUAGUCCUCUCAAAUGAAGUUCUUAUAUUACAGACUCAUUUUGAAGUUCAGAUUUUCUAAUGGUCCUUUUCCUUUCUUUUUUUUUACAGGAUGAUGUUAUACUCAAUAACUUAUAUUUCACUCAAGGGUACAAAAGAAUGAGUGAGUCUAGCUCUUCACUUCUGUUACUGAUAACAAAGGUCAGAUUUAUUUCAGAUUGGGWGUCCUUCUAAAUGGCAUACAUAGUAUAGUGAAAAAGGAUAUAUUUAAAUGCCCAUAAACUCUCAAAGUUGACUCUCUGAGGAUACUGGUUUGGCUUGUGAUUUGCAAACAUGUUACAACAAACUACUCUUUUGCCUUUUGUUCGUUGGUGUUUUUGGGUGGCUCUGCUCGUUGUCUAUCUGAAAGGAACAGCUGCACCACCUAGCUACUUGGCUCAGAAGUGGCGCAUCACUGAUAGGCAGCAGGCACCCAUAUACCAACCAGCGCUACGGACCAUGUGAAUGUGCUCUCACUUGAACGGCCCUAAUGUCACSACUCCCACCGAAGGUGGCUCCCCUGCCUGUUCGGGCGGUGCUCGGCGGUCGUCGUCGCCGGUCUACUAGCCGCCACCGAUCCCUUUUUCCUUUUCUGUUAGUUUAGUCUUAUUAGUUGCACCUGUUCRUUUUUGUUUCUUGAUUUUUGGUCUGUUUAAGCCUGUUACGCCCGUUUKGGUUUGUGCGGGAUUAUUUMUGUUCUCUGUCMGUUGUGGAUGUGMUUUCAUUGUUCUCCGGAUCGUUUGCCCUGUGUUUGGGCUGGUCAGUGUUUAUGCGCCCUGUAUUUGGCGUGACCGUUUUGUGCCGGAGAAAUAAAUCUACYAAUCACUGAACCCUCUGCUCUCUGCGCCUGACUCCUACCCACCACUCCUAGUAAACCGUGACACCUAAACCUUAAACUUAUCAUCAGUGAGAAUAUCCCCUUUCCAARUUAAGUCUAAAUGAUUAGAUCAUUUAAUUUUCCAUGAGUGGAUGUAUCACCUAAYCCAAAGSRAAUACUCCUGAAAUAAUCAGGAUUGGUAAUGUGGAGUGGAAAUGAUAACAGCUCUGUGUGAUGUCAGGGAGUCACGUCAUUGAUCAGUAGUAACUCACCCAAUGUCAGGCUUGAUCUGACAGGUAACCCAGCGGGCAAAACUGGUUUCAGUAUAAUCUAUUUUAUGGCGUCGUAGUCAGGUUGUAUACUGGUUGUGUGAAAGUUUAUGAAGAAGUUAAUUCUUUUUAGCAAACAGAAAAAUAAGUKUUUGUCUAGUUGUAAUCUGACCAGAUAACAACCAAAAUAUGACGUCUUUCCCAUUAUGUCUUCUUGUCGUGAAAAAUAUGUCUUUACCUGGUUGUAACAGAGACCAGUUGCUUGUAAUGUGGUUGUAGGAUUUCUUCUCAACCAGAAAACCAGUUUACAACCAGAAAAUGACAUCAUUAAGACGAUUCCAAGGCAGGUCCGUCUYCAUACGGUGUGUGUCCACUAUGAAUGUGGUCACAUGGCUUCCUUAAAUGCGUUUCUGAUGCAGUAAAAUGUAUUGUGUUGUUUUGGUUGCCUUGUCUGUAUUUUCAAGGAGUGGGUUGGUCUUUGAAUUACUGUAUGUUACAAUGUACUGUUGUGUUUUAAAAUAUGAUAUUGCCGUUGUUUUGGGGGGAGAAAGAAAUGUUCAGUUACAUUGCCUGUCUUGUUUCGGGUCAGUUGAAUGUCUUUAUAAAAUCAGUUGAUAACCCACAUUUUCUUCUGAGUUAAUAGCAAUGUGUUAUUGUGCUUGAUGUAAUUUUGGCCGAAACGUGAUGCACUUUCCAUGUUUAGUUAUUUAUUAGACCUUACAAUCGAAGUGGGACUGUCCAUGCAUACAAUUGCAUUUUGUAUCACAGUAUGSCAUAACAACCCACAUACUCGUAGUCUAAUCUACAGGUUACAUAUUUCUAUCUAUAUAUAAACUUGAAAUAAUAAGGAUAUAAGUACAAGGUCAAACAGUAAGUACAAACAACACAGUAAAAAAACAGCUUCAAAGACUUAA